GGCAAUGUGGUGUUUUAACGGUGUUGACGGUGGUGUGAUAAAUGUGAUUUAUUAGGCAAUUUAGAAGCGCGUGCACGCUCAAUCUUUCGCUCCUGUUGCCGGCAACUAGGGCUAGCGAUCACUUCCCAUCCUAACGCUCAACGUGCCAUCAUUCGGGAAAACCUUCCACAAACAAUAAGUCUCGAAACGAUGAACGAUCUGAUGAAAAAGUACAAAAACUGGAGAUCAUACGCUAAGUUUGUGAAAUUGGUGUCGGACAGCGGUAUGGAAGAUGAGACCAUGUUUGGCGAGAAGCAAUCGAUACGGGACUCGGCCCGCUCGCUCAAGAAGUACGGAAGCAUAUCCGGCGGAAGCCGCAGUCCGGCAGCGACCCUGUCAACGGAUGCACUUAUCCGGCACCAAGUGGAACGGACGGAUACUCUGCAAGGCCUCUCCCUGAAGUACGGUUGUAGUAUGGAACAAAUCAGACGCGUAAAUAGACUGCUGCCGACGGAUAGCAUCUUUCUGCGGCCAUUUCUGAUGGUGCCGGUGGCGAAAGACUCACCACACUACCCGAAGGAUCCGGACGCCAUUAUACGGCCCAAUAGUAUAGCCGCCCGGGCCUUCACAGCCCCCACCAGCACCACGAGCGGUAGCACGAACAGUAUCAUCAGUAACAAUAAUAACAGUAUCAGCUCCGACGACAAUGGUUACUCAGUGAACGAGGGUUCACCGCUUGUCUCGCCGGAAGAAGAAAGUCGUAAGAACCUCGAAGAAUUUCUAGGCAAAAUCGACAGCUCAAUUGCCAGCACCCGGAAGUGUAUUGCUGAGGUGCAGCGCAACAGCGACUUUGUGAACGGUAGCCAGAGCGACGAUAACAUAUUCUUCUCCUCGUCCGGGGCCGCCAGCGGAAGUGGCAGCAGCGGGUACUACUCGAAACCGCGUGCCUAUUCGAACGCGUCGUCUUCGUCGUCAAUAUCGUCCUAUCAGCAGUAUCACUAUCACGUACCCGGCUCAAGUACCGCCGGCGGUGUUAGUGGCAGCACAAGCGGUACCAAUCACAAACGGCAGAGUUCCUCCGGGAGUGCGGCAUCCGACACCAGCCAGCUGAUCGUUAUGACGCAGGGCAAACGGGUGCAAAGCUCGUUGCAAAAGCUCGAACGGCAGCAGGACGAGUUGUUCGAAUUGUAGCAUUGGCCGCGCUUGCAAGCCACUGAUGAGAAGAAGGUAGACUGUGAUGAUGGUGAUAACGGAAGGGUUGGGGCUGGCAGCGAUGGCAAUUACCACCUUCUGAAAAACGUCUGCAGGAAGAAGGACACCGUUACCGUCUACAAAUUACCAUUGUCCAACCGUCACUGGCGUGGACUCUUCUCGAGGUGCUACCGUCGCGCACACCAGCGGCACCACAGCGAUCGUGGACUUCCAAGACCGCUGUGUACUGUUGGUGCCGGAUUGAAGAGUAUGCUGAGCGAUAUCGUCGGUACACUGGUCAAUCAGGGACGUAGUUUGGCGGGACAACGAAACACGAUAAGGAGCACCACUCUGAUGACACCGGUUCCAGUGCGGAUGAUCGAAGGUACAAAAUUACUCCGAAUAUAGGAACACAACCACGCGGGCGUUCCACUUUCUGUCUCCAAGCCUUAUCUUCCAUAAUCAUCACUAUCGUUUACACAUCAGUCGCAUUCUUGUCAUUCGCGGCAUACACAUCUUGCAGUUUGAUAGUUUUUGUUUUUGACUCAAAAUCCUUCUAUCGGAACGGUGUCUAUCACCUCUGUAAAAAACCUGUAUAUCAUCCACCAUUCUUUCCCUUGAGGUGCUGGUACGAUUCGCAAGAGUCGUGCCCAAACUAUUAUUCUCUUGUUUACCGAUGGCUGCGUGUUUCGUCGCUACCGCUCGACGUCAAGUGUCGGACUCAAAUAGAAGAUCGUAUGAUGUACGGUCGAAUUAGUUACAUACAUAUAUGUGGUGGAACAAUCAAUUGUUCGCUAACGACACAGUAUUGAAGUUUUGGUUUGAGCGCAAAUACAAAGCGGGGAACACAAAGUAAUCGUGAAUGGCAAAAACAAAGUGUGUGCUUUGUGAAUAUUCACAUUUUCGUAUUAUUUUUCGAUUUAGGCUCAUGGAAAAGCGCUACACAAUCAUUGUUGUACGUUCGUUAAGCUUCCAUUGCCAUCGCGUGUUGAUCUUCAUGCGUUAAUUUCAUUACAGCGAUUGUAAUCCUAACAGUUUUAUUCUCAAUUCACAUCCAUUGGCAGUCAUUGGCAAUAUGUACAGAGAAAGUGUGAUAAAACAAUCGUAGCGUCAUUUAGUAUGGCCGUCCAAUGCCAAUGCUCCAUUUCAAUGUAUGCGAUAUCAGCGAACCAUGUGAGCUAGCGACAAGCUGGUGAUAACGAAAAAAACGCUUCUUUGCGCUUCAGCUUCCAGCGUGUUAAUUGGUAGUACUAACAGCUCUGCCGGUUAUGCACCUCAUUCCCGGCAGACAUUCGAAUGCGAAUAUUCCACUUUCAUGCGACGCUAGCGUGGCGUCCACGUGUGUUUGGACGAAGUUUUGCGUCUUACGUGCUGCUUUGUCUUGCGUUGAGGCAUCGAAAAUAUUAUCAUUUCCAGCACAUCACAAAUAAUAAUGCUAACGUUACCCAGCGUACAUAUCGAAAUAUGAAAGAAUACUGCAAAAAAUAAACAAACUGACACAAACACAAAAAAUGAGAUUAUCGGGAAAUGAAUCCUUCCAUGGAUCAGGAGAAGAAAACUAUUGCCACUGAAAUCGCAAUACAAAACGCAAAAGAACAUGAAUUCAAUUUACGUCAUGAAUUAAUCAAAAUGGUGUAUUACUUAUUAAAGCCAGACUACACAGAAUUUAAAAGAAGCGACACGACGACAUCGGUAGCAAAUGAAAGCACUAUACGUUAGAAAAUAUUGUUGAAACCAUGUUUUAUAGUCGAAAUGUAAAGCUUACCAGAAACCCUCGAUUAAGUGUAGUGUACGUAUUUCGAAAAAAACAGAGUAUAUUUCGAACGUUUAAUACCUACACUACCAUUAAAAGAUUGAAUGAGCAGUACUCUGGCGUACACUGGCGCCAACAAUCUAAUCAAACCUUAAGCCCGCUGCCCAAGUUUCGUCGCAGGCUUUCGUUUCCUUUUGUUUGUUGGCCUUGUUAUGGAAAAAGAAGCUAAUGUGAACACAGGCAAAGAUAGUUUAUGUUGCAUCAAAAUUGUGAUAUCAUAUAAGUGUUUAUUUUUCAAUGUUCGUUCCAAAAAGCGGUCUAACCCAUUCUAAUUAAUCAGUUGCACAGUUGGUGCUGACUUCAGACAGUGUGUCAGGUUGAUUGAGGAGGGUUGCGACCGAUGGGAGAUUGAUAAGAACUGCUUUUUAAAUUAAACAAAAUACGGUCCAAUGUGUUGAUGGCGAAAUAAGUUUCGCGUCGUCCACAUAGCUGAAAAUAGUAGAAUACGUCGUACACCUCCCCAAUUAGUUUAUAUCGUCCUCUCAAUGCUUAGCUUUAUCAUUAACACACUGAAUCUGACCUUGAUUUGAUUAUAUUUUUGAUUAAAAUUUGCUAACUGAGACUCUCGGUUCUUACCGUCAGAUGGUUAACCAACUGUGUAUCAAUUGGUUGAGAAGAAUUCGAAUUACUUAUCGUGUAAAAACAUUGAGAGUUCCGAUCCUCUACGAUUCUCAUCCACUCGUAUCCCAUAAUCAUCCUGUGCAGUACGACGAGCCUUAACCGUGUAAAUGUCUGUGUAUAAUAUUGACUAAUAUAAAUAGCAACAAUUAUGUGAAGCCAUCACGCAGAGCGCACGGCGGACGGUGUUUUGGGUGUAUAUAAUUACAUUUUCGAUUGAUGAACUCUGAUGAGAAGAAAUGGUAAAACCAAACCAAUAAAUGCUGUUAAAAGAAUAAUGAAAGGAAAACAAUGAUACUAUUUAGGGAGAACAUUGUGAAUUGAAUAAACUCAAAGGAAGGCAAAUGAAAUAAAACAUCUUAACAAUGUUUAAUAGAAACGUAUAAA